CAUUCCGACGAAAUCGUUGGUUUAAAAUGUCAGAAGACACCCCGGGGCAAUACCGCUUCUUUCAGCGAGAUUCCAUCAUCAUUAGACCCCAGACUAGUUCUUGUUUUAACCGAUUCUAGUUCAAAACUAAGAAACCUGCCUGUAACUCCAGCAUCUUGACAGCAGAUGCUCGGCCAGUCAUCACUGAUGCACUGCUCACCCGCGUGUGACUAGUCACGUGAUUUGACGGCCGAGAGCGGGUGGAAGACGCCCUUCACGCUCGCGCGUUGCCAGACUGUUCCUAAUGAGCGCUGGAGCUGCGUGCUUGGCCAAAUCAUCAUAAUCUUGUUUGAUGGCUGGCAACCAUCAUGCUAGCUGUUUCCAGGCUGGCAUUUGUCGCGGGGCAUUACGGUCCUCGUGCUGUGAACACCAUUCCCGGCCUUCUGUUGAAGGAAAUGUAAUCCCGACAGAAGGCAGAAAAGACGGAGUGUGUGUGCAAGCAAUUAUUUCUCAACCAGAAUGCUGUACAAUUUUUUAUGGAUGUAAAAAUCUGCUGAGCAAACUUGUGUCCAGUUAAGAGAACCUUUCUAGUGGAUUGCCCUAGGGAGGUGCUAUGUACCUACCCUGAAACUAACCCCCAAAGUAGUGUGAACAGGGUUGUCCGGCACAACUUUCUCUACUGGCCCGUGCGGAGUUCAAAUACCGGCUGCGAAUGAGAAAUGUUUACAGCUCAUCUGCAUACGAAUGGUUGACAUUAAAACCUGCUGUGCGAGAAUUGGUAAUGUCGGCAUGACAUGCUACACUGGCUUCACAGGUAGCCGAGUGAAUGACCUGUCCUGUCACUUCUGUGUUUUUGUUGGGGGAGAGACGACCUGAGGAAGGCUGGACGUUAGGCAGACAUUUGAGACACGCUUAAAAUAUUUAAGCACAACUUAGCUAUGAAAAGUAGACACUACCUUUCAAACAUGUUCGUAUUCUUUUAUUAUUUAUUAAUUUUUUUUUUGUGACGAAGAUGAAGAUAGAGGUUCUGUGACUAGAAGGUACAAAGUGAAAGAGGGCUUGAUGUGAAAGAUCGCAAUACAGGAGCCCGUCGUUGACUCGGGAUUUCACUGCUGCUGACAUCACACAGUUGUGAAAUAAAUUUUGGACAUAUCUUUUUACAUUUUCAUCAUGAACUGUGUUGUCUGGCUGCCCUCGACCUACCUCACCUGCAGAUCGCGUAGGAACUGACAAGGUGGUCUACUUGGGUCCGGAACGAUGUCAAGAAAUAGUCCACCUGUCUGUCCCAUGUCCAAGAACACCAUCCCAACCCCCAACAACACACACACACAUGUAGCCUAGCACGUGACAGUAAGAAAACUCGCUCUUGGUGUAAGUAAACAUUUAUCUAACCAGUUUCGUUUAUGCUGGCACACCUGGGGAUCGCACCUGCUUGUAUAUCAGUCACGUGCGGUAUAAAAACGGCAAAGCUUUUUUUUUUUUUUAAUUUGGGUAUUAGUUUAUUUCAUUUGUGGUCCUUAGAUACUAUUCACUAUAAACACUUCCCUUGGAUACGGUGCGGCUGUGAUCAUGUUUGAAUUUGAGCUGCGUGCAGCCGUUACAUUAAAACAAAAUAUUUUAUUUGCAUGAUGUAGUCAGUUUUGUACCGAUUCCGCAUUUACCCGUCUUUAGUCUUGAACUGAUCCCGGGUUUCGCAAAACUUACUCUGGCCCUUCCCCCUCCCACAUGCCCUCUUUUUCCACUUUGCUGUCAGGCGGAACGAAAUGACCAAUACAGUGAAAACUGGCUGUCCUGGAUUCGGAUCUCUUCUUGGACGCAGCGUUGUUUCUCUUCAUGCUUGACUGGGAGACCACAUCAGUCGUUAGCUCGGCGGUCAACACCAGUAGCAACCCCCUCACCUCCUCUCCCCACUUCCCCGCCCACCAUCUCUACUGGAGGACGAACACUUUGCGCCGCAUUAAUUUCUCUGCGGAUGUCGCGGAGGGAUUCCAGGCUGAUCCGCGACAGACUACAGGUGAGGUUGGUGGCGGUCUGUUUGUUGUUUCGCCGCUGACGGGCGAGGCUUGAGAGCGGCGAUCAGCCGCUGUCAACAACAGCUUUGCGGCGGACGUCAACGACCACCUCCGAUCGACCAGGCGACACGGAAGGGGAGGUGGGGGAGUCCGGGUGGGUGUGCAUGCGACCGCUCAGGUGCUCGGGUGAGACUCUGUCCAGGCUGGCGGAACAUGGUGUGAGGUGCGAGUCCAGUCAACGCUGACCAGCGGGUGUGAGUGGAGCUGAGGGCUGGCAGAAUUGUCGACUCGGCAUCUUGCAGCUGAGGAGAGAGGUUUCAGAUGAAGCCCGCUGCCAUGGCGUUCGACCAUUUCGCCCUCACUGACGUCACUGUUCGAUCAGCACGUGUCGGCCAGAGCGAGGCGGGAGCGUUUAGGCCACUGGACAGCGUCUACCACCAUAGCUCUCUUCCCAGCAUGCCCCACAGCAGCAGGAAUUCCAGAAAUGCUAGCGGAACCUCCAUGAUUGCAUACACAGAACGCAUGCGCGAGAUAUCAAAAGCGCGCGCAGAGUUCGCCGCCAACCCCGAAUUUGCUCAAGGCGUAGGGUUAGAGGUCAGAGCGAACCACAUCCCCAAAAGACACGGGAUCUUUGGGCACGGCCAACAGUCCUCGCUACUCCAGCGACGUCGACCACUGUCGCUGGACGAGCUCACGGGCCGACGCGGAAACAACGACGACGACACAGACCCAGCCCCUGGCAAGGCUACGAAGCGGAGGAGCUCAUCUCUUCCUCCGGAUAUCUCCUCCAACGCCGCCUUCUCCACGCCGAAGAAUAACGGCGACGAAAGAGUGAAGGUCAGUUUUGUGAGCGCCUCUGACCUUUUCGAUCUCGUGGACUUCAGCCUCCGGAGCAAACGUUCCCGCCAUGAGGCUAUCAAAACUGCCAAGAUGGAGGAAAGCUUGAAGUUCAUCAACGACCAUCUGGAAUUGUUCCAACUCAGUCGCGACCUAGCCGCUCCAAGACCGUUCCGAGAACGAUCUCGGGAGGUCAAGAGUGACGUGUCGGGGUUAAAGGUCGAAGGCAUGGCUAGCCCAAGAGAGGGGAAAAGUGAGGACAGCGAGAAGAGGAUGAAGACCACAGGUGAACUGCUGACGUCAGUGAAGGAAGAAGAGAGCAGUGACAUCCCCGACGACUCGUUGCGAGAAAUGACGAUGUCUUCUCAGCGACACAAGCUGCGGUACCGACCCAGCCGCGCCAAGCGCAUGAAGCUGCACAGGUCAGGACUGGGUGUCAUACCCGAGGACGACAUGCACUCUCAGUCAGAGUAUGGUGGAAACGAACCUUCACAAGACCCGUCCAUCUCCCACCUACAGCGAGGUUUCGCUUCCUCUUCUCACAGUAACGUACUUUAUAAUUCAAACCUGCCCACCUCGUCUCAAACCAGUCAAACAGCAGACCUUCCCAUCCUGGAUGGUAACAGAAUUGUACCAUCUACCACUUCUCUGGCCGCCAUUAAAGUGUCUCGCAAAAAAGAGAAGUCAGACUCCUCCCGCCCGACCUCUGACAUCAUAAACCAGCUUUCCGAGGGCCCUCGGACCCCGUCUGGUUCCGACCAUCAUGGGGUGGGCGCCUCUGGAAAGUCUGGAGCACUCAACGAAACUUCAGCCGUGCCCAGAGCGGACGAUAGAGACGCUACAGGCAAGGUGUCGGACCCACCCGCUGACAAGCGAGAACUGAGCGUGAAUCCGCGAGAUCUUGCUGACUUCGGGAUUCUGAGGAGCGAACCUCUUAAGCCAAGAAAUGUGCAAGAAGACAGAUCAACGAAAAUGAGCCGAGCGCAGACAGAACUUCCCCACGCGCGGGCGCGUGCACGUGCUCAGAAGAAAAUUCGCAGACUCAUCUUCCUGAGGGAUUACCCAGACCAGAGUUACUGUCACAGGUAGUCAGGACCACGAUAGGACAUAGGAAAUGGCAACUUCCGGUCAAUCUGUCAAUGCUCUUCUGAGGAAUGGACUGUCAAAAACAGUUGGUGCACGACCUUUGACCGUUAACUUAGGUAUAAGCACAUACUUCUCGUCAGGUUCCAUCUAGUGUAGGUACCUUACAACUAAUUUGGCAUUGUGACAUUUACAUUACAUAUCAAAAUGUGGCUGACCACCUGUGGUCUACAUUGCUGUGUGUAACAUAGAUUACAAUGAAGUCAGAUUAUUGAGAUGACAUGAAGAUAUGAAUGUAGCACCGGGGUGUAUGACAGCACUGAAAAUAUCACCGCAGUCUAAACUACAAUUUAGUUGAUGUAGAGAUACAUCUCCGCCUGCGAACAUGAGGGUGAACUAGAAAACAAGAGAAAGCGUGUGUGUAUCAGAGCCUUCUUUACGGGGGAAGAGAAGGGGGUGUGCGCGCUCGUCUCUGAAAAAGAAACGAAUAGAGAGAAAGAAUUGACUUAUUCGUUCAUAUUAAUGAUCACCUGCAGUAGUGCUUUGUGUUAUGAGUGCCUAUAGGCCUUUUAUUCCUACGGCUGAUUAUGCAACGAAGGAUUACCUAAACUCAUGAAUAUUUAGCUAGAUUCUUUUCUCUGAGGCUAUGGGUGAGAGAUGCCGACGCCUUGUACACAGGACUACAAAUAAAGACAUCGAUCUCUCUACCUGUCGGAUAUCGAUUUCCACAUGCGGUUCUUGUAAGCUCGUCUGAUAUUUCUUGCCUACAAAUGCAAAUUGACGAUAUUUUCACAUUCUCACAGGGUGCCUAGAAGCUCCUUUGCCAUAUUAACUAUUUAUAGAAGGGAGACAUGAGAACCUGUCCAACCAUAGCGGGUUGGGUGUUUAUUUUCCAUACGCAUGAUCGCACAAAUGGUAAACAACAAAGAACACCCUUGGAGAUAACAAGACGACGUCAGUAUAACGACGAAUGUUUACUUGCCAUGACUAGUGUGUAUGCAUACUAAUGUGUCAGUCUUGUGGUUGGAAAAAGUCUUUAAAAACAAUCUUUUUCCAAUCUGUGUACCAACCUCGGGCAGGGACUGUUUUUUUCCAGUUGCUGUUAGCUUUCAGAUAUAAGCGAUGUGCUUGUGGCGGUAGAUUCGGGAAUACAUUUUUUAUUAUCAUCUGGCGUUGAUGCGCCAUAAUCAGGUGUUUACAGAGAAAUGUCAAGGGACUCUUUUAAUCGUUUGCUUCGACGAAGUCUCGUCCUCCGUCACGUGACCUCAUGACGUUUCAGUAAGAUUGUUCACCAAGUGAGACAGAACCUUGCCUCGAGAAUGUGCUGCAGCCGACUGCCAUGAAAAGAUUCGAAAUUUACUUUUCGCCAGUUUCCGAAAGACAGACCCUUACAAAAAGAGUGGGUUAUACGGAUUAAAAGUCUCGAUCCCAAAACGGAAAACCUCUGGGAGCCCAAAGAGUGGGACGCAUCAUACUCAAAGCAUUGUGUUGACGAGUUUCCUCGGGAUGCAUCUUGAUAAAUGUAAUAAGGAAACAGGCAAAUUAAAUAAUUUAAAACAGUGAGAGAUUAUUUUCUUCUUUUUUUAUAUAGAUUUAAUUGUUUAUACCUUUAUUGAGAAAACAACUUUGAUUGCGGAUAACAUAACUUCCAAAACACACAGAAAUGGGAGAUAACACGCGCUACCUUUUUUAUGUGGCUUGCGUCCCUUGGAUCAGUUUAUCAUUUGACAGUUGUUUAAUAAUAAUGAUAAUGGGAACUUAUAACGCACAGCAUCACGACCAAUAUAGAUCGGACUGUCUGACCAGACCAAUAAUGAUACAUGAAAGUAAACAGUGAGGUACGUAUAGACACACUUAACAACAUAAAGAUGAGGUACAAGAGUAGAAAGUAAAGCAGUGAAUGAAGUGCCAGCCAUGAAACUUGUUCUAAUUCGACAACUUUUAGACACUAUGAAGGGCUGCAUACAGUUUAUUGUGGUGUAUCUAGUGUAAACGUGACUUCAUCUUUCAACAGAAAAGCAUCAGAAUGCAAACGGAAAGACUAGGAGGAAUAAAUGAACAGAAAAAGUCAACUUGUGCAUGCUUCCCUUUAUAGUGUGUUUUACUUGUAAACAAAAGUUUCCUCGUGAUGCAUCUUGACAAAGAUAACAAAAAUUCAGACAAAUUAAAAUAAAC